AUGGCACAAAGACAGGCCAACCGACCAGUCAUCCCUCCUCGAAGACAGGGUUUCAAAGUGUGUUACAUCUGCGGAAGAGAAUUUGGUUCAAAGUCUAUUGCCAUACAUGAACCCAAAUGCCUAGAAAAAUGGCACGUAGAGAAUCAAAAUCUGCCUAAACAUCUCAGAAGACCAGCCCCAGUGAAACCCCAGGUGGCUGCACAUAGUUCCUCUAGUGAGAAUGAAGCUGCUUGGCAAAGUUCUCAAGCACAACUUUUACCGUGUGGGAAUUGUGGUCGUACUUUUCUUCCUGACAGACUUCUUGUGCACCAGAAAAGCUGUAAACCAAAAGAUAAGAAUUUAGGUUCUGCCCAUAUAACAGUUAACAAGACUGUAACACAUACCAGUUCCUUGACAGCAUCUAAAACAGCCAAACCAAAAACAUUAAUUUGUUACAUCUGUGGAAGGGAGUUUGGAACCAAAUCUCUCCCAAUCCAUGAACCAAAAUGCCUUGAGAAAUGGAAAAUAGAAAAUGAUAGGUUACCUAAAGGACAAAGGAGACCCAUUCCUCAGAAACCUCAGAUGGCUUUUUCUAAAGAGGAAGCAGCCUGGCAGAGUGCCCAGAGCCAACUGGUUGCUUGUGAUGUUUGUGGACGCACCUUCAUGCCAGACAGGCUCCUUGUCCACCAAAGGUCCUGUAAACCAAAAAAAACAAAGUAG